AUGGCACCUGCAUCCAGCAAGCCGGCAUCGAAGAAGAAGGCCUCGGUCGAUGAUUGCGCAGCUGAGAGCCAGCGCAAGCUGAAUGCAUCGCUCAAUGCUUCUUUAGCAAGGGGCAAGGCACUCAAGAACUUGCAAAAGAAUGCUGCCUACGAUCUGACUACGCCUAUUCUGCCUGGCACUUGUGAUGUGACCCUGGGGGAACUCAUGCAGACUGAGAAGCUAAGCCUUCCUGAUGCAGUGCAAGUCAUGCUGAAGUUCAGGAAGGAUGCAGCUAUCACAGAUCCUGACGAAGUCGGCUUGUCGCUGCCACCAGCAAAGCCUCGGGCUUCAAAGCCAAAGCAUGAGCCGAAGCAUGAUGAGCUCUCUCCUCCCAAGGGUAUCCUCAAGAAGGGUAAGAGUUGUUUGGAUGCAGAGCCACCUCAGGAUGAUGAUGAUGAUGAUGAUGAUGAUCAUGGUCAUACAGCAGUGAAGAAAGGCAGCAACAAGCACAAGCCCGAUGCAGAAGGUUCCGAGCCCAAGGUGCCAAAAGGGAAGGCAAAACCCAAAAGAGGUUCUUCUCUCGAGGACCCGUGUCUGUCAGAGCCCACAAGCACAGCACCUUCCAGCCCUGCCUCGAACCCAAAAAAGAAGGCCAAAAAGCCAGAGCCAGAGCCCACCCCUGCCUCGAACCCCAAAAAGAAGGCCAGAAAGCCAGAGCCAGAUCACCAGGAUAAGGAACCGGAGGAAGGGGCACCCAGCACCGAACUCAAGAACAGCAAUCAGCAGAAGAAAAAGAAGCCGCAGAACAAACCACCAGCACCAGAGGAGAAGGAGCCAGAAGGGGAGGGAUCCAGCCCUGCCAGUUCCAAGAACAGCAGUCUGAAGAAGAAGAAGAAGCCACAGAACAAACCACCAGCGCCAGAGGAGAAGGAGCCAGAAGGGGAGACACCUGCUAGCAAGAAGGAGGAGGCACCGGAGUUGGAGGAAUCCACAAACAAUCGAGGCAAGAAAAGAACCAGAAGCAAAACAUUCAACAGAUCGCGUGCCAAGGAGGAUCUGGCGGAGGGCACAGGCAAAGAGGGGUCAUUGGAUUAUCAAGCAGACUUGGAGGAGAUGAUCGCUGAGAUUGAUCGUAAGGAUGCAGAGCCACCUUGCCCCCGAAGGAAGCGAUACAAGCAGUCUGAGCCCAAUCAAGGUGCCCCCAAAGAUACCAAAGACAGCAAGUGGCCCAAAGAUUGGCCCCAUGAUGCGCAACCGAACCUGCUGGCAGAGGGCUGGUCUUGUGACUCGCUAGCGCUCGGCGAGGAGCAAAUGGACUCCACGAAUCCGGCGACUGAUCCAGCAGAGUUGGAGACCCAGGUCAAUGGGAGCCAGACUGUCACCGAGCUCAUCGAAUCGCUUGGGGCAUCAGCUUCGCAAGUUGGUGCCAAUGGGGACUACAGCCACCUGCUAGGGCUUCUGAACAACCUGAAGCUUCAGAUUGAGAACCCAGCCCCGAACCCGAAGCCAGGCCCAGGCAGUGCUACUACUGGGGCUGAGAAGGGAGGUGGAGGGAAGGCUGACAAGGAAGGUGAGGGGAAGGCUGAGCAGGAAUACGAAGAGGAGGCUGAGCAGGAAUAUGAAGGGGAGGAAUGGAAUGAUGAUUCAUGGCAUGAAGGUGAGGAAGAGGAGUGUGGGCAGGAUGAAGACCAAGAGGAGCAGGCUGAAUCGGAGGAACUCAUGAGCAACCAAGAGUCUGCUAAGCGGGUUUUGCAAGAGCGCAAGGAUGCCAAGGACAGUGGGGCACUGGCUUCAAGACCUGUAGCUACACCGGCUAGAAGCCUUGAGAAGCUCAAGCCUGUGCCAGCAGGGGAGCCAAACGACCCCAACCCCGAGCCAGCUCAGCUUGCCAGAGAUGUGCCGAGUGGCGCCCCAUCCGCAGCUGCAGCCCCCGCCUCAGACGAGCAGAAAAUCAAUUCGACCACACACAAGAAGGAGUACAUGAGAUUG